UCCUGUUGUAGCCCCCGGUGGUUUCCUGGCUCAGUAAGCCCGACAGCCGCCGUCUUUCAGGACCGUUUGAAGGGUUGGAGUCAUGGCAGCUGCCCCGGGGACCAGCAAGGCGGCCCACGGCGAAGUGGGACCGAAGAAGAAGAAGGGGCCCGGCGCCCUGGCCACGGCCUACCUGGUCAUUUACAAUGUUGUCAUGACAGCAGGGUGGCUGGUGAUCGCUGUGGGUCUGGUUCGGGCCUACCUGGCCAGAGGGAGCUACCAUGGUCUGUACUACUCCAUCGAGAAACCCCUGAAGUUCUUUCAGACCGGAGCGGUUCUGGAGAUCCUGCACUGCGCUGUAGGAAUCGUACCGUCCUCUGUGGUUCUGACCGGGUUUCAGGUCAUGUCCCGGGUCUUCCUCACUUGGGCCGUCACUCACAGCGUCAGAGAGGUACAGAGCGAGGACAGCGUGCUGCUCUUCGUCACAGCCUGGACGGUCACCGAGAUCAUCCGCUACUCCUUCUACACCUUCAGUCUUCUCAAUCACCUGCCGUACCUCAUCAAAUGGGCCAGGUACACCUUUUUCAUCGUGCUGUAUCCGAUGGGCGUGACCGGAGAACUGCUGACCAUCUAUGCAGCUCUGCCGUACGUGCAGAAAACGGGCCUGUACUCCGUUACCCUCCCCAACAAGUACAACUUCUCCUUCGACUACUACACCUUCCUCAUCCUCGUCAUGGUCUCCUACAUCCCCUUGUUCCCUCAGCUUUACUUCCACAUGAUCCGACAGAGGAAGAAGGUGCUGGGCCACACGGAGGACUACAGCAAGAUGGAGUGAGCUCAGCAGAGUUCAGAACAGUUCACGAGGGAGGAAAGAAACCAAAACGUCCCGCAAAAUGAAGAGCAGAUCGAUUUUUCACGUUUCAAACGGACCUCUGUUGUUGUUUACAGCUGCCGCAUCGUUCAGGAACCCAGGACACGCCGGUGUCGUUACGUUUUAAUUUAUGAUCAAAUUGUGAUAACGCGUUAAAUCUGGGAGUUUGCAGCUUUAAAAAAAAAAGUAUUUUGAUUUGAACGCAGCCGCGCUGCUCCGAGUAUUGACCAAAGCUCGUUCGAGCUGAAGGGAGCGCCAAGAGAGCGUUUAUUAGUAAUAGAAUAAAUUCAUCACCGCCCCUUAUUUUAACAUUAUUUUAAGAAGCGGGUCUGCUUUGGGCUAAUGUAAGAGAAUAAUGUGAAGUCUAGCACUGACAGGAAUGGUUCGUUGGAUUUUGAUUUGUUUUUUUGUGUAUUUUAUUGCAUCGUCUGAUCAUUCCUCAUUUAGCUCAAUAAACCGUUGUCUCGUGCUCGCAUGCUUCUUUUUCUGUUUAGCCGACCUGCUUCAGCGUUGGUUUGAUUUUUGUCGUUCACAGCGACGGUCGCUUGAUAUUUCUUAUUCGUUCCGAUUUAUAUGUACAUCGAGACAAGUCGCGUCCAACCCCGUGAACUCUUAUUUUUAACAUUACAGCAUACCGAGUUAAAACAUUCCUUUAUAAGUUUUAUCACGUGGCUUUAACUAUUGAAGAAAUGGGACAGCUGAGCAUAAAGUGAACAGAGUGUGAACCUGUAGCAAGUGUUUUCAAAGGAAAUGAGCUCUGAUAUGUAAAAAUCAAACAAAUAAAGAUGCAUUGUAGCCUGAAUAUGUUGAAUGUUCAAAUUGUUUGUUCCGCAAAUCAACGAGGAUUUACUGUAAAAUGCUAAUUCCAAGUAGCAGCCCCCUCCGUGUGGGGCAGAUUUGAUUUGUGACACUGAAAUGAAAGUUUUAACCUUUUCAACUAUUUUAACUGAAGGGAACAAAAUGUCUCCGCUGAAACUUAAAGUGAUAGUUCAGACCUUUUAAUGUGGGGUUCUGUGAAAAGGUUAUAAAUAAAUAUUAAAUUGCCUCUUGUAGAUCUUUAAAUGGCUGUAGUUUGAAAACUGAUCCUGUUGAUGAGAAUGGCUAGUCGGAACAAAACUUUCAGCUGUUCCCUCUUCAGGGUCUCCACAGCGAGUCCUCCCCCUCAUUCACACAUGGACUCGCUCUUACAACUGACUUUCAUUUCUCCUCUUUCAAGUGCAUACCUCCACCUCUCCAAGUUCUCUUCCACCUGUCCCCUGUUCUCACCACAGAUCUCAAUGUCAUCUGCAAACAUCAUAAUCCACGGUGAUUCCCUACUGAGCACAAGACAAAACCAUCAAAUUGUGUUUUUUUUUUUAACUAAUAAAUGAGACGAUUUCUAAUUAAAUGUAAACAUUGUAAGUAAAAGAGCAACACUCGUUUUUUUCAGAAUUGGGGUUUUCUAUUCCAGCUGGAAGUGCGUCAAGCUGCGCCGGAAGUGCUACAGCUAGCUGCCGUUUAACUAAUGCAAAGUCGACAGCUGUGUAAAAGUUUUUAAAAGGCGUGCGCAUAAACUGCCAUGAAAUCUUUGGAGCACAACUGAAAUCUGUUUUCAGACCAGCCGUCAGCUUGUCAGUCGCGUCAGAAAUAAACCCUCUUCAAACGGGUCGUCCGAAGAGUUAUCUACGACAGGUAAGAUAUUAAUAGUUCAUAACCUGUCCACAGAACCCUACUUUAAAAGAUUUAAAUUAUCCUUUAAUGCAUUCUGCUACACCAACCUUUCUAUCUGCCAAAAGCUUUAUUUUACACAAUUACUGAAGUUUUUUUUUUUAAUUAUUCAUUUAUAUAUUCAUUUAAAAGAAACAAAAUUAAAUUAGUUGGCCCCAUAAUUGGAAAGAUUCUGAGUUACCUGAACACUAAAGGCCACUUAACUUAACAUCCCCCUCCACACAUCAGAUGUUUCCACAGCCUCCCUGAGGAGAAUCCACUGAACAGUCAAUAUUUCUUUAAUUAAAAAAAAAAGACUGGUUUCUUCGUGUUGGAAUAAAGUAAUCUGAGUAAAUACUGCCACUUGAGUUCAUGGAUUCUCCGCCGUGGCUGGAAGACAAAGCUACAGGUCGUAACCUUGUCCUCCUCAUUCAGAGCAGUUGUUUUGUGACAAAUUAUAUAAAUGAUGUAAAAAGACUAUCGGCCAAGCUCUGCUGCAGAUCUCUGGAGUGUACUGUGUGCCUAAUUACCUCAGUAUAUUCAUCUCCAAAUAUUUCUGCUCGUUUUCUUUCCCCCGUAAACCCUCGAGCAUGAUUCAGGCUGCUUGUGGACACAUCGUGCACAGCUCGUUAGAAAACUGCAUGACACAGGUGGCAGUCGCCUGGAAUGAUGACGUCAUACCUCAACUUGUUUUUGAGCAUGUUUUUCUCCACGACUCGUUCUGUUAAAUUACAUUUUGAUACAGAAGUUCUGCGAGGAGGCAGCACUUUGUGAGAGGGAUGAUCUCUGAGUAUAUAUUUACAAUAAACCCAAACUUUGACAAGCA